CUCUUUCUCUUUUUUUAGUGUGUGUCGUGUCAUUCGCUGCUGCUGGCUGGGCUCUCCGGCCCAAAGAGUUUCUUCGCUGGUCCACGGACGACGGACAGGUCCCCGGAAUUCCGCACCAGAGGCUGUGUGGAAAGUGCGUGUGCAAUUCGGGCAAGAGAAAUUUCAAAAGUUUACACACAUUCCAAGAAGUGGAGCGAUACGGAACGAGUCGGAUUUUUUUUGCCGAUGCCGAUUUAGUGUGGCCACAUCCGGCUGCUGCUCACCUGGUGUGUGUGGUUUGAAGAAGAAGCUUUGACGGGAAAGAGAACAAAAUGGGAGGCCAAAAGUUCCAGUACGACGAGAGUGGCGGGACGUUCUUCUACUUUAUCCUGUCCUUUCUGGCGCUGAUCCUGAUUCCGGCCACGGUUUACUUUUGGCCGCGCAAGAAAAAAGAAGAUCCCGACCGGUACAAAAGCGAGUGCCAGUGCGAGCAAUGUCUGGCCAAGCGCGUCCUCAUCUCACAUUCCGACCCGUACAAGGGCGUGAAGGCCUUUUUCGUGAAGCUGUCCAUCAUUGGCGGUUGGGCACUGCUCAUCUUCCUGACCUACAAGGUGUCCCAGUUCGAUUACGAGAUGUCCAACUUUGACCCGUACGAGAUUCUGGGAGUGCCCCUCGGGACCUCCCAGAAGGACAUCAAGAAGGCGUACCGCACGCUGUCGCUGAUUCUGCAUCCGGACAAGGAAACCGGUGACGAGAAGGCCUUCAUGAAGCUGACCAAGGCGUACCAGGCGUUAACGGACGACGAGGCACGGAAGAACUGGGAAAAGUACGGCAAUCCGGACGGCCCGGGUGCGACCUCGUUCGGAAUUGCGCUGCCCUCGUGGAUCGUCGAGAAGGAAAACUCCGUGUGGGUGCUCGGACUGUACGCGCUGGUUUUCAUGGUGGCCCUGCCCACCGUCGUUGGAACCUGGUGGUACCGUUCGAUUCGCUAUAGCGGAGACAAGGUCCUGCUCGACACCACCCAGAUGUACUUUUACUUCUUCCACAAAACGCCAAACAUGCAGCUGAAGCGCGUCGUCAUGAUUCUUGCGGCCAGUUUGGAGUUUGACAAGCGCCACAACACCCAGGUCACGGAGCGGCAAUCGGACAACGAAGAGGUGCCGGCCCUGAUCAAGCAGCUGCCCCAUUUGAACGAAAAGUGCAAGGAGCAUCCGCUCUGCCGGCUGUACUCGAUCAAGGCGCGCUCCAUUCUGCACGCUCACCUCAGUCGGAUGCCGCUGAACCCGAACACCCUGGACAAGGACCGGCAGUUUAUUGUGAAAAAGUGUCCCUACCUGAUCCAGGAGAUGGUCAGCUGCGUCAACCAGCUCAUCAUGCUGGCGUACGCACGGCGAAUCGCCAAACUCCCCCACAUCUCCACCAUCGAGAACUGCAUGAAGCUGUCGCCGAUGAUCAUCCAGGGCCUGUGGGAGCACAAAAACGCCCUGCUCCAGCUGCCCCACGUCAGCGAGGACCACCUGCGGUACUUUGUGUCGAAGAAGCGCCCCAUCCGGAACCUGCAGCAGUUUGCCCAGCUGCCGGCGGACGAGCGGCGCGCCAUUCUGCGCAGCCUCAGCGACUUUGAGUACGAGAACGUGAUGAAGGUCCUCGGCAAGAUGCCCCUCAUCGAUUUCGACGUCAAGUGCGAGGUCGUGGACGAUGAAAACUCGAACGUCGUGACGGCCGGCGCCAUCGUGACCGUCACGGUCGAGCUGGUCCGGCGCAGCAUGAGUGACCUGUUUGGGGACACGAGCGCCAAGGAGAAGCAGAGCAUCACGGAAGAAAAGGAGGAAGCUGGCGAUGAGAAGGAAGAGGGUGCUGCUGGUGAGGCCACGGCGGAAGGCGGCGACAAGGAGGAAGCCAAGGUGAAAGAGCCCGUCUGGAAGCCGAAGGGAGGCAAGGGUGGCCACAAGAGUAAGAGCAAGGGCGGUGCCAACAAGAGCAAACAGCAGAAGCAAGCGGCGGCGGCGGCCGCUGCCGCGGUUCAAGCGCAACAGAAAGAGGCCGCGGCGGCGGCGGCUGCGAACAAGGCGGAAAAGUCCAAAUCCGGCGACAAGUCUGCAUCGGCGUCCCGCAGCAAGGAAGACUACGACGGCGACAACAGCGGCGCCGAGAGUGACGGCAACGACAACAACAACGACGGCAGCUCCGACGAGGGCAAAAAGUCCUCGGUCGAGGACGACGACGUCGAGUGGGAAAAAUUCCAACAAAAGAUCAACAAGCGCGAAAAACUCGAAGGCAAAUCGAAGGUGUCCCACCCGGUGCACUGUCCGCUGUUCCCGGAGGAAAAGUACGAGUACUGGUGGACGUACAUCUGCGACCGGAAGUCGCACACGCUGCUGACGGCGCCGUACCACGUCACGAACCUGGUGCACCGCGAGGAGGUCCAGCUCAAGUUCACCGCGCCCAAGUGGCCGGGCGUGUACGUGUUCACGGUGUGUCUGCGGUCGGACUCCUACUUCGGAAUGGACCAGCAGGUGGACCUGAAGCUGGACGUGAAGGAGGCGUGCGCGGUGCCGACGGCCCACCCCCAGUGGAACAUCAGCGAGUCCGAGUCGGACCACGAGGAUCGGGAGAUCAACGAGAGCGACUUCACUACGGACUCGUCCGAUGCCGAGGGGGACGAUAACUAAGGGGAAAGAGAUGGGUUUCUUUAUGUUUGUGCGUGCGUGUUGAUUGUGCGAAUGGACGAGAAUUUUUUUCUUUUUUUUUUGUUCCCGCUAGCUAACCGGAAACUUCAGUUGAAGGUUCUUGAAGCAUUUUUCCUUUCUUUUUAUUGGGAAACAUUAGAUCAUUUGGAGAAUCUACCUUUAAAGAUUGCUAGUGGGUAACACAACACAAAUAGUUUAAUUAUACAUAAUGGUUAUUUAGUGUUCUCUGCAACUCAUAAUUUCAACAACAAAAUCAGUCAAACAGUGAUACAGAAAAAAACACACAAUCACCUACACACGAAACUACGACAACACUUUAUGAAAUAGAUCAGCUCUUACAGAAUUAACAACCAGAAGUUGUGAUGUAGAUGCAUGUGACUGCUUGAAAAUCAUUUUCACUAAAUGUUUAUUUUUAUUGCCGUUCCUGCAAUAUAAAGAAGCACUUUUGUGGGUAACUAAAAUUCUAGAAAAAUAAAAAGGACAAAAACAAUUGUAACAUAAAA